AUGCCGCGAAUGCUUCUCUUCUUGCUAUUCUGCUGUCUGCAGCCGUCAGAGCAGAAGGUCUGGUACCCUGCAGUCGACGAUCAGAUCGAAGGAUGCUAUACUGUAUCUGCAGAUCUCACAGAUGACCACAGCCUUGCAAGCUGCGGGGGGAAGCAAUGCCCCAACUGCUUCCAGCUUGACACAUCCAGCAGCGCAAUCACCCUGACAAUUACCAAUUGUCACUAUGUUAAUGGGGUGGCGCUGACGGGCCAGGCAGUUUUCCUCUACACCUUCUACAAUACCGGACUUGGCUCGGCUUUUGUCAAAGACGGAAGUGCUGCCGGUGCUCGAGAGUACUUCAUCAGGCCAAUGGGGCAAGGAGAUGCUGCCACGACAUGUAUGUGCAAGGAUGGCGAGCUCGCAUGCAGCGCAGAUACCCCAGAAGUCCUCAAAGUCACAGCAAGCGGCCCGCCCCUGAGUUCCGCUGAAUGUGGAUUGAUGCUGGUGGCAAUGAAUGGAAGCAAGAUGAACGAAACUUUGGCGGACAUGGCAGCGAAGCCUUGCCAGCAAAUUUGGCCAGACUGGGCAGGGAUGUACGGCGAACUGCUCAACGCUGACUUUGAAUAA